GCCCCGGGCUCUCUGGGCCGCGCCUGAGGCGGACGCAACGGGGCCGGGGGGCGGCGGCAGUAGUGGCGGCAGCGGCGGCGCUGGUGGGCGCCGCGGCUGGCCGAAGUGGAUGGAGUUGGAGGGGCGGAGUGCAGGCGGCGUGGCGGGAGGACCAGCUGCUGGGCCCGGGCGGAGCCCCGGGGAGUCGGCGCUGCUGGACGGGUGGCUGCAGCGGGGCGUGGGCCGGGGGGCCGGCGGCGGGGAGGCGGGGGCCUAUCAGCCCCCUGUACGGCUGGAUCCGGAGUCCGGCCCGGAAUACGAAGCGCUGCCGGCUGGAGCCACUGUCACCACGCACAUGGUGGCGGGCGCCGUGGCAGGGAUCCUGGAGCAUUGCGUGAUGUACCCGAUCGACUGCGUCAAGACCCGGAUGCAGAGUCUGCGGCCUGACCCAGCCGCCCGCUAUCGAAACGUGUUGGAGGCUCUCUGGAGAAUCAUGAGGACAGAGGGCCUCUGGAGGCCCAUGCGGGGGCUGAAUGUCACAGCAACAGGCGCGGGGCCUGCCCACGCCCUCUAUUUUGCCUGCUACGAAAAGUUAAAAAAGACAUUGAGUGAUGUAAUCCACCCAGGGGGCAAUAGCCAUAUUGCCAAUGGUGCAGCCGGAUGUGUGGCAACAUUACUUCAUGAUGCAGCCAUGAAUCCAGCGGAAGUCGUCAAGCAGAGAAUGCAGAUGUACAACUCACCGUACCACCGGGUGACAGACUGUGUUCGGGCAGUGUGGCAAAAUGAAGGGGCCGGGGCCUUUUACCGCAGCUACACGACCCAGCUGACCAUGAAUGUUCCCUUCCAAGCCAUUCACUUCAUGACCUAUGAGCUCCUGCAGGAGCACGUUAACCCCCAGAGACGGUACAACCCCAGCUCCCACAUGCUUUGUGGAGCCUGUGCAGGAGCAGUAGCUGCCGCCGCCACAACCCCACUGGACGUUUGUAAAACACUGCUCAACACCCAGGAAUCCCUGGCUUUGAACUCAAACAUUACUGGACACAUCACAGGCAUGGCUAGUGCCUUCAGGACGGUCUAUCAAGUAGGCGGGGUGACUGCUUACUUCCGAGGGGUGCAAGCCAGAGUAAUUUACCAGAUCCCCUCCACAGCCAUCGCAUGGUCUGUGUAUGAAUUCUUCAAAUACCUAAUCAUGAAGCGGCAAGAGGAAUGGAGGGUAGGCAAGUGAAGAGAUGCUGAGGGGACCAGGGUCCGACCGCUCGGCUGCAUCCUGCCCUUCUGACACAUUUUCUGGCUGCUGGCACACUCCAGUCUCAAGAGGAGUUGGAAGGAAGGAGAGCGCUUGCUCCAGGCUGUAGUUGGCUAACACUAGUUCUUGCCAACGUCUAUUGCCACCAUUGUCUUUCCUCCUGGGCUUUCUGCAAGUUCAGCAAAGCCCACCGCAGUACCUCUGACACCGUCUCCAUCCUGGGCCUGCCGACCUGCUCUAGACUGUUGCAGAGGAUAAGCAGCACAGCCCCCUGGUUCCUCAUUAAAAAGAAAAAAGUCGUUAA